AUGGCGGCCGGCGCCGGCGGCCCCCGAGGGCGCAGCGACACGGGAAUGGCGGCCGCCGGCCCCGGCCGCCCGCUGGUCGGUCCGCCACUCCAGGCGAGGGCGACGAUGCCGGGCUGCCCACGCAGGGCCCGGGCCCGGGCCGCUCCCCUCUGGACGCGCGUCCCGCCGGCUCCGCACCCAGCACCAGGCCCGGGGAACCGGCGGGGCCUGGCCAGCGAGGGCAGCCGGGCCGCGGCCCCCAGCGGCUUCCGGCAAGGGGCGGGGCGACGCGCAGGCAGCCCGAGCCCCUGGCCGGAAGUGCUGCCCCGCAGGAAGUGGGGCUCUCUGCAGUUCAGCUUGCUGUCGCUAGGGGGCGCGAGCCUCAAGCUUUUUGGUUUAAGAAGGCCUGCCAUAAAAUACACGAUGACUGCACACAGGGCACUGGUGCAGCUGUUUGACCAGUGUGAGGCUCCACACAGUGGGCUGGACCUAAGAGCCCGUCUCCCAGGCAGCAGGGGCCCCAGCCCACCCCAUGCUCCAACUGCCACUACCCUAACUGUCGCUCAGAACUUUGCUGCCAGCCCCAGCCCCAGCCCCAGCCCCAGCGCCUGCCCGUUCUUUGGGUGGCCAGGCACCCAGAAGCCUGGUGAGAGUCUCCUUUUGAAGAUGGACGUGGAGGUGAGUGGACCGAUAGACUUUAGUGCCGGAGAUUAUCAGCAUCUGGUUCGGAAAGCAGCAGACAAGAGCGUCCAGUCCAAACCUGGCAAGCCCUCCACUUCCACUCACCCACAAGAAGCUCAGAGGAAUCCACGCUCCAAGACCAGCGAGCCAAAGAAUAGCUACGUGGUACAAAUUUCAGAUGACACCAAUGCAGAGAGCAGCAACAGGACUUCAUCCAGUCCAUUCUCUGACAGCAAUGUCCGCAGAGCUUUCAUUGUGAAAGUGUUCCUCAUCCUGUCAGCUCAGUUGUUAGUCACCGCGUUAAUUAUCAGCCUGUUCCUUUUCUGGCAGGCUCUGAAAACUUGGGUGCUUGAAAACCCCUGGUUCACCUACGCAAUCUUCCCAGCAUUUUUCGCCGUACUGAUUAUCCUGGCUUGCUGUGGGAAUCUCCGCAGGCAGGUGCCUGCCAAUUACAUUCUCCUGGGAUUCUUCACAAUUCUUCAAGGGCUGCUGCUGGGAGCCAUAUCAGUCUUCUAUAAGGCAGAGGAAGUGUUGUGGGCAACAGCAGCGACCACUCUGGUGACGUUAGCGCUCACUUUAUUCGCUCUCCAAACAAAAUGGGAUUUCACUCUGCUCAACGGGGUGCUGUUUGUUUUCCUCUUUGUACUGAUGGCCUAUGGGAUCAUCUUAAUCUUCGUCCGAUCGUAUUGGCUGCAUCUGCUGUAUGCGGGACUAGGAACUCUGAUCUUCUCAUUUUACCUGGUGAUGGAUGUGCAGCUGAUGGUGGGGGGGCGCCAUAUUCAUUCCGACCUGGACCCUGAGGAGUACGUGUUUGCCGCCCUGAACAUCUACCUGGACAUCAUCAACCUUUUCCUCUUUAUUCUGCAACUGAUUGGUCUGGGCCGGUAG